UCUGCUACGCGCACUUGCCCAGAGAUCGCCAAAUCACGUCUGAGCGGCCACGUGCGUGGCGUGCCGACUUGUUCCUCAGGUACCAGAUGGCAGCAGAGGAGAAGAAAACGGGGGCGGGAUAGGUGCCGAUCACUUCUGGCGGCUGUCGCAUCCGGAGCGCCUCGCCGCAUUUCUCGCCGGCCUGCCGACGCUCAAAUCGCCCCAGCGGACUGCCGGGUGGCCGGCUCCCCUCUCGGAAGGCGGCCCGUAUCGCUCCUUGUGUGUCUAAGAAGUGGUGGCAGAAUCUUCGCAGUCAUCCCUUCGCUGUGGCAACCAGAGCGUUUUAAAGACACCCCGCCCAGCCACGGCGCCUCACCCGAGAAAGUCAGCCGUCGAUCAACAGGUGGCGAGCCGAGGCCCGCCUCACAGAUCCGGACCGCGCUGGACACCCGCCAGCUCCCGCCGGAGGACCGAGGUGCAGAGAGGGCGGUGCGGGCGAAGCGGACGGACAUGGAGGAGGCCGAGGUCAGCGGAGUCGCAGAGGAGCGGGAAGGGGCGCGCGCAGAGGUGCCCCAUUCCGAAAGGCCCAGCGUGCCCCUCGACAACCUCAAGAUGAUCUUCGAGAAGGGCGAAGCGGACCAGGCGUCGUCAAGCAGAGGAAACGGUGCUAAUCCAGCCAGCAUGGAGCAGCUUCUGGGGGACGGGAGUCUCGCGGAGUCGACCCCUCUCCGAGACCGGAUGGCCCUCUACCAGGCGGCCGUCUCCAAACAGGAUGCCACCCCGACUGAUCUGCAAGAACCGUUUGGUGGCAAACAGAAGGAGAAUGUUCCACCCUUCUCCCUGGACAUGAGUCCAGAGCCUGAGCCAGCAAACAGCAGAAAGAGUUUUAGUGCCGAGAGCAACGGUCCCGGUGCUGGCAACGCCGUAUCCUGCUCUCCAGCCAAAACUCCGAGGAAUUUCCGGCCACCUGUGCGGGAGGCGUGCGUGUCCUGUCAGAAGACGGUGUACCCUCUGGAGAGGCUGGUGGCCAACCAGCAAAUUUUCCACAGCGCUUGCUUCCGCUGCUGCCACUGCAACACCAAACUCAGUUUGGUCAACUACGCCUCCCUGCACAACAACGUGUACUGCAAGCCGCACUUCUGCCAGCUCUUCAAGGCCAAGGGCAACUACGAUGAGGGCUUUGGCCACCGGCCCCACAAGGAGCUGUGGGAGAGCAAAGGCGAGCUGCGGGAGAUAAUGACGGCGGCGACUUCGCCACAGGCCGGCGCUCACGCUGAGAGCUUCUCUUCCCUCGGCUCAGAGCUGGCGAGCCCCAGCGUGGAGGACUCCCCGCUCGCCAAGGUCAAUGUCCUGACCGCCACCAUGGAGGCCCUGGGACAAGGAUCCCUGGAGAAGAGCGACAGGCCGGCGGAGGCGCGCAGGCUGAAAAUCUCCUGGCCGCCGCAACCGGAAGGCGUCGGCCGCCGCAGCGGAGCCGCCGCACCCGCCGAGGGGGCCGGCAAGCCCAUCCGAGCAAAGUGGCCCCCAGAGGACGGCUCCUCCUCGUCCUCCUACUCGCCGCCUGAACAAGCCAGAGGAGCUUCCUGCCUGUGGAGGAGCUCCUCCUUGAAGGAGCCCCGCACACCCUUCAUGCCGACCAGCCAGGCCGAGCCCGACGAGGGGUCCCCUAGCGGGGGGACGUCGCCAGACGACAGCGUGCCCGCACAAGACGGCCGUGUGGAUGUCAACGGCAGCUUUGGGGAGGAGGGCGAAGAUGUGUCUGAGCAGGAAGGUGAGGACGUGCUGGACAAGGGUGACCAAGAUGCGGAGAAGGGAGAAGACGUGCCCAUGCGUCAGCUCACCCAUGAGGUCCGCGCAGGGGGUCGGGCUCACCGGAAGGAGCAGACGGACGACCGUGAAGAUGCGAAAGUCGACAAGUCGUCUCUGGAGGAAGAGGCAGAGGCCGGCCGCUUGCCGCAGGACGCGGGCUUCCGGGACUGCGAGGAGGCUGAGGACAAGGCACAGCUGGAGAUGCUGACCGUGGAGGAAAUGAUCAAGCGAAAUCGCUACUAUGACGAAGAGGAGGAGGAAGAUGACGAUUGCUAAAGUCACCUUCCUCGUCCCCCUGCCUCGUUGCUGCAGUGUCUGGUCUUGAACACAAGCAAGCUCUUGAACUGUGCCUCAUCCUUCUGCAUUCAAAGCCAUUCUGACUGCUUUUUUUCCUCUGACCUUUUUAACUGUAACGUAGUUCAACUUUGUCCCAGUUACAGAAUAUUUGUAUACAUAAAUGCCCGAAGAUUAUACCGCAGAGGUAUUUUACACUACCCUUUCUCAUUUGAAUGUGUUUUGCAAUUGCAGCUCGCUGCUUCUUUAUUCAAGAUUGCAAUGACAACUAAAUCAGCAAAUAAACUAAACCUUUCAAUA